ACUCCGGAAUUGACUCAACCAACCUAUUCAACAAUUCUGUCCACGUUACUUUACCAUGCAAGUUCCAGCAGUCGGUCCGAUUUAUCCGCAAGAAAGCAGAACUUUACAAAAUUAUUUCCCAACCUUGAGACGGGAAUUCGUGGCCUGAUUUGAUAUAUAAUGUUUUGCUUAGACAAAAUUAUGGGGAGAAGCAUGUUAGACCUGUUUUAAUUACUGACAUUACUUUAUCAGCCAAGCGAAAGAAAGAUUCAGGUCGGCGCAAAACAUUUGAGUGUUCUUUCUGCGGCAUAAUCGCAAGAACGGAAAGAGUUUCCCAACCCGCAGACGUUGCUCAGAAGGGCCGACAGGAGCUGAGAUGAGGCUUGUCACUCCGGUGCUGUUUGUCCUCUGUUUUCUUCAAGUAACGUUGUUUGAAGAGAUUCCAGGCUUCAACAUCAAGAAUGUCCGUCUGGACAAAUGUAUCCAUGCAAAUAGUGAGAACAAUCGAGUAUCUCUCACUGAGUGUAAUCAAGAUUCCAAACAGCAGCAUUGGAGAUGGGAUUCCCGCCUAAACUACAUUGUCAGCCUUAAAACCAACCAAUGUCUGACUGUUCAUAAACCCAAUGAAUUUGGAGCUGUGAAAUUGGAGCCUUGUGGUGGUCAUCAACCUCAGGCAUGGAAAUGCAGCAAACGGGGUCAUUUAACUCUUGAGGGCUACAGCUUGCAUCUUAAUGUAAAGCACAAGACAAACAAAAUCCAUGUUUCACGUGAAAAAGGCAAAUUAAACAAGUGGCGUACGUUGAAAGAUGAAAUCAUCUGUACAGAGAUCAAUCAAGUUUCACAGCAUGAAGGUAAUCGUAUUCAAGUUUCGGAAGCCCAGACAGAAAAUGUUGAAAAAUCAACAAACAUCCCUAUGACUAAUUAUGCGUCAGAGUCUUUCUAUUCUAUGUUUGAAAACUUCACGUACCCUAAAGAAAAUGAUAAAACAGUGACAUUUAAAUACACUGAUGGAACUACUUGGAAAAUUGUCAUGGUGAUCCUGGGUGGGAUAACGCUGACUCUAGGAAUAAUUGUACUGAUUCUAAAUAUCACUCAUGACAACAAAAAGUUAAAGGCUGGAAUUGUUGCUGACCCAGAUGAGAAAACAUCUUUGACAACAGGACACAAACUCCGCCAUGAUGCUUCUCGUUCCCCAUCUUUAAGACAUGGAGAAAUACUGAUUGAAUGGAAAGACGGCAAGAUAACAUCCCUUUUCGAUGACAACUGAGAUAGUAACUGCUGGUUUAAUUAGAAUUAGAGAAAAUUGUUGUAUACUUUUGGAUGAAACUGUCAACUAUUGGUGGAGUAAUGCCUUAAACUACAGAAUCUAUAUUGUGUGCAAAUGUUUCCUGCCCUUAAUGUCUGAUAGACACUGCAGAAUGAGUCCAUUAUUUCAUUUUUGUGAUGAGGGGAUGGGUUACGGACAAAAAAAAAAUUGAAAUAGAUUCUUCAAGUCUACCUGACUAUUGUCAAUGAUUUUUAACUCUUUAGAAAAUAACCCUUGCAGAGGUGAGAUUGUUGAAAGGAAAAGAGCAGUAAGUACGGGCCAUUUUAACUGUGCUACUGCUACUGUUGUGCCCAGCCUGAAGGGUGGGAGAACUAUUAACCCCAGUAUUAGUGAAAUCAUCAGUGAUAAAUCACACAUUAAGAAUAUACAAAAUCCCAGUGAAUUACAGAAUGAGCACCUGAGACUAAAAAGUUGCCAAGUUUCAUUCGAUGGAGUCAUUUGAGUGUUAACGGUUCCAUUUGUUUCAGUUUUAAGGAGGUUAUAGUUAUCCACAGUUCCUGCAACAGAUCAUUUUUCAGCAAUUCAUAAUUUGAGGACAAGAUUGCGUUUCAUCAUAAUACUUAUCUAUAUUUGCUAGCAUUCACCACCAAGGCUCACAUGUGAACAAGGACCAUUUGAGUGAAGCACCAAAAGAUGCAUUCCACCAGUGGUCUUGGAGCUGCAGGAAGUUGUCCUUGUCUUUCAGUGGGUUAGGAUAGGAGUGAUGGAGUUAAAGAAUAUAGUGGAAGAAUAUAAUAAAGCACAAGUUUUAAGUAACAUUUUAAAAUCAUUGAUUUACGCUGAGGAUAAUAAUACUGCCGGUUCCUGAUGAUAAAGGUCAUAAGCAACUGGAGACAAUGUCAGCGUAACUAGCCAGAUUCACAAGACCUAUCCCCCUGACUGCUUCCAAUAGACCUUACUGAAAUUAACAAAUUCAAUUAGCUUACAUUAUUGCCCUUGGCAGCAUGUGCUUUCAGGUGUCAGGAUCUUGUGCAAGAACAUUAGUUCUUGUUUUAUAUUGGAACUUUCUCACUGUACAUUCGAGUAAUCUACUUGUAUUUGGAAUAGCCUCUGCACCAAUCAUACAUCCACAUAAAAUUCUACUGUAAUUCCAAGAUACCUUUUUAAUAUAAGUGCUUGGCUUUAGCUCUCCUUAUGACAUUGACAGCACAUGUUAAAUUAUAUCUUUCAGAUGCAAACCCAUCAUCUUUCCUUCCAUUAACAUGACAUGAAUCUUUGUGUUGAUUGCUGAAUUGUGAAUAGUACUUACUACAUCAUUACGUCGAUCUUGAAUAACAAAGGUCCUAACAUGGAUCCUUUUUGAGACUGCAAAUAAUUGGUCUUCUGCAGAAACUUUUUUUAUUAAUAACAGCUCUCUGACUUUGAGAGCUGAAUGUAUCCAAACCUCUGUCACAGGAUUCUACCUAAUUAAAUAAUCUAUUAUAUGGCACCUUACCAAAAGCUUACUGAAGUUUCAAAUGUACAAUGUCUUAAAGCAGUGUGGAACUAAGUCAUAACUCAGACCUGGCAUCAUGGUGCAUCCCCUUCCCUGAAGAAUGUUAAUGAAUUGUUUGGCUUUUAAUGUCCAUCCAAGUUUUCAAUUUAUUUUCACUGGAGCAAAUGUACACGUUAGUAGGUUCGGUUGUUUGAUGGACCAGUAUCAUAACCACUGCAGUAGUUUACUCUUCCAUUUGUCUUUUUGCAGAAAAUGAAUUUUCAACCUUGAUUUUAAGAAAUAACUUACAGGCAAACCUUUUCUGUUAAAUACAGUAGAUAAAUAUUACAUUCUAGCUAAUAUUGUAUUUCAUCUAUAAAAUGUUCUUAAUACCUAGAUCACAUGCACAUUUGAAUGAUUUGAAAUAAACCAAGCCUGCACCAAGAUAUGAAAUUGACAAAGAUUCCCUUCUGAUAUAUAUAACCUCAAUUAUUUAAUGUACAAGAAGCCACUUAGUUUUGUGAGCAGCUAUUUGCUGGCACCUCUGAAGUUCACCAAGAAAGCUAAAUCAUUAGCUCAUUCUUUGUUGGACUGUUACUGGGCCUUUGUGCUUGUGCAGAACUAGAUUUUCUGCCUGAUCCAGUGUAUAUCUAUCCUGAGCACUGUUUUCAUGUUUUUUUUUGCACUUUAUUACUUAGUAUUGCAGGUCUCGGGGAGAUAUAGAUGAUUUGAAAUAUAGAUGUACCGGUUGGUGCUUCACUAUUUUGGAAUGAGGGCUGCGGUGAGAGGUAGUGACCUGAAGCCUAAAAAGUAAAAUCUGAUUCUGUGUAGAGCGUCAUGGAAGCUCCACCUAAACUAUGUAAAUGUUCUCAGGCAAAAUGUGGUUUUUUGUGGUUUUACUGCAAACUGCUACUGCCAGCAUGUUUGGUUACUCCCAAACAUGCUGGCCUUAUCUGCAGAGAACAAAGGACCCUGCCUAUUUAGAUACUGCUCCAGUUACUAACCUUCCACUGCACUCUUUGCCAGAUAGAGCAGGAAUCAGAAUUUUGGAUGCUUAGUUUCAGCUCAUAAAUGGCCCAUUGUUCUACAUUCCUGAAUUUUUCUCCAAUAUCCUUCCAUCAACUUUUGUACCUUUUGAACUUGGGGAAAGCAAAUUAUUUUGCUAUCUUUUUCAACUAGUAAUCAAGACAUGCAACUGCUUCUGCUAGUUUUAUUUCCUAUCUCCUCUGCUGAGGAAGAACAUAUUGAGAGAUUAUUAUAAUAAUGGGUAUAAUA